ACUAGUUUGUUGUUUACAUUUAGGAUUUUGUUGGAAGAAUUUGCCCGAAAAAUUGUGAAUGAAAUGGAAUAUCAGCAAAAUAUCUACAGAUUGUGUGAAAAAGUAAAUGUCAGAUUAGAAUCCUUGAUGAAUAAGUAAGGAUCAAGUGGAUUUUCAUGUGGAAAUCCCAUAAAAAAAAUAAUCUGCAAGAUUGAGAUUUUCAUCUGAUGGUUUUUUCCCUAAAACAAUCAUCAUGUCUAUGUAUGGAGAGCAAAGUUUCUCAAAGGCAGUUCAGUGAAUCUGAAGAAAAACCAGAGAUUGUUUUCGCUCUUUUCCAAGAAGUCAGAGAAAGAAGAAAAUAUGAAAAAUCAUCUUAAGAUUCUCUCCAGCUAGAGUCUAGAUUGAGAUCGAUUUAUUGCUUUCAUGAACGGCAACAAUACAGACAUUCUCGAGCGUUACAUCACGACUAACGUAGUUGAUGAGCGACGCAUCGUAGUGAUUCUGCCUCAAAUAGACGAUUCGGGCAUAAUCGAGGAUUCUCUUGCAACGAAUGCCAAUUUCUUCCUUCUCUUUGCGCGACAUUUUGACGGUAUCUUCAUCAUCAUCGGAGGAAUUUUCAACGGAAUCAUCGGAUUCAUCAGCCGUUUGCACCUCUUUGCGACGCUCACGACUCAUCCCGGUACCACAGACAGCCCAGCUCACCAUUUUCGUCAUCACAGUGAAAUCUUUGGGUGUGAUUCCGUGUUCCUUGAGGAAAGAUUUCCCCACGAAGGUCUUCCAAUCGCACCUGUGAUGGCAGCAAAGUGCAAUAAGGAUUCCCUUAGUGCGACACAACUUUCUGUUUGUCUCCUUGGGUGGUUGAUUCCCAGCUACGAUGCACCGUAGUGUCAUGUCAGUUGCAGCACCACAGAGAUGCUUGCUAACUCCCACGACGGAUUCACUACGAUGAGGCACCCAGGAGAGAUCGAGAUUCGCAAUAUCAGCUCGAAUACGUGUUACGGUGUCACGAUCUUCAACCUUGUUGUCCUUCUUGUGGCGAUGCGAUGCCUUAUCAACAAGAAUAACCGAGCACUGCUUAAAGUGUUUAAUAGCUUGAGCAAUCCAGUAUGACACCUGUCCCUUACCAGCACCAAAUUCCACAAAGCACGUCUGUGGCAACAACAGAUUAUACUCCUGCAAGCAUCCAAGUAGUGCAGCCGUCUGCUUCAGAUGCUUCAACGAUGUAGCACCAUACUCGGGCUUUGCCAAUUCCUCCUGCAGCAAUUUAUGCUCCCGAAAGACAUUCCUGAUGGUGUCCUUAAUGUACUUCCGAUAAAUCUCAUUGAUCUUCUUCGUCAGUGUCUUCACAUAAUCACAAGAGGAAAGUUGCCAACAUAAUGUGGGAGUAGGGCGAGAAAGGAUCACAACGCGAAGGAGCUCCGUGUAGGAUGUGGAGGAAGGGAGAACGAAGCCAGGCUUUGUAUUUAGAGGGAUGAAUAGGAAAAGAAAAAAAAACGAGUAAAUCAAUGGCAGAAAAUACGAACACACGUACAGAGAAGGGAAACCAUGUAUACAAUUGAAUGUACAUAGCAGUUUAUUCGAGUUGAUAUCACGAGACCACCCCUCCAUGGUAUUUUCCCUCUCAUUUCAUCUCAACAGCCAGAUACUAUUUCCAUCGAGUUUAUCUUUAAAUAAAUGUUGUAGUUGAGUAGUAAAUACAAUUUACGUAUCCCCAAGUAUUUCUGGCAUUCGCCGACGAGAUAUGGUGGAAGUCAGACACGCCGGAUGGAGAGGAAGCGUCUCUCUCCUUGUGUGAAUCCUUAAACCAUUAUUAUUCUUGUGCGCGAUUUUAUACAUUGUGUGAUUUUCUCUGUACCAUUUUAUUAAAUAUAUUUUUCCACUGAAACUUUAACUUGGGAAAAAAAAACUUUUUCAUCAUUCUGUUGGAAGUUUAAGGAUAAAGAAUUUAGCAGGAUAUUUUCAAAAGUUUUAUGAGAGGACUUUUUUUCUAAUUUCAAGUUCUCAAAUUUUUGAAAAUGUGAAAACUCCUUAAAACGGAUUGUUUUUUAAAAGUUUCGUGUGAACAAAGUUUUAUUAAAGAAAGACGUUUUUCCUAAUUCAAGUUUUAAAUAAAUUUUCAGACUUCUUGUGAAGAACUAAAGUGAAAAAAAAUAAAUUUCGGGGAAAAAGAAAAUUAGGAUAAUGAAAAGUUCUGCAAGAACCAAAGUGCAUGAAAUGAGAAAAGUGAAGAAAAUAUCCAAAGUGUAGUAAAAAGGAGUUUUUUUUGUGUUGCAUCCUGAGAGUGAAGCUUACAAUGAGGCUAGACAAUAAACAUUUGUGGCUGUAGAGAGGAUAAAUUUUGGGGGUUUGCAAAGAGGACACGGUAUACUGAAGAAAGGAUAUACCUACCUACAUACAUAAAUAUAUACAUAGUAAAAGAGGGAAAAGAGAAAGAGAGGGGAAUUUGAAAGAGAAACGAGGGAAAAAAGGCAAAAGAGGAAGAGUCAUGCAUUCGCCUGUUCGAUCAUCGCCAUUGGAUUUACGACCCGCCCUUUCGGCUUCACCAUCGCAAAUUGGAAAUGAUAAGCCACGACCACCGCUGGUGAAACCGCCCUAUUCCUACAUAGCUCUAAUCACAAUGGCCAUUCUCCAGUCACCCCAAAAGAAACUCACCCUCAGCGGUAUUUGUGAGUUCAUUAUGACACGGUUUCCCUACUACAAGGAAAAAUUUCCAGCAUGGCAAAAUUCCAUUCGUCACAAUCUCAGCCUCAAUGAUUGUUUUAUAAAAGUCCCACGAGAACCGGGAAACCCAGGAAAGGGGAACUUCUGGACACUUGACCCCUUGGCGGAGGAUAUGUUCGACAAUGGGAGCUUCCUGCGUCGCCGAAAGCGCUAUAAACGCACAAAUAUUCCUCAGGGAUUGACCUUCCCAUCGGUAUUUAGUACCUUUACACCGUUUUGGGUGAGAAAACCCGUACCGAUCCUCCCAGCACAGAUCGAUGCAACACGCUUUUCCAGCUACAUUGAGAACUAUGAGAUCUUUGCCCAUAGGCAAGAGCUACUUCAGGGUUCAGACUACCCCAUUGCACCCGAGGUCAAUCACUACAAACAUCAGGAGAUUAAGACAGAAAUUCCAGGGAAUUCACCACCAUCAGCUAAAUUGCCAAUGAGGAAAACCUUCGACGGGUGUCGAAACUACUCAUCCGUACUAAAUAUUUUGUCGCGAAAUAGCGAGGCGAAUAGAAAGGAAUUCCUGGAGAACAUCGAGAGAUCCACGGGGAUUUUUUGCAAUCGUUCCCUACCGCCGGAAGUUGAUGCAUUGGCGUAUGCGAAGGAAACGGCAAAACUCGAGGAUGCACACACAUCAUACAUGCGCCCUGAGAUGCAAAAUGAUUUCACAAUGUGCGACGGUGGUAGCUCCGAUGAUAAGAUUGAUGUUGAGAGUGAAAGUGACUCAGAGGGUGAGAUGAAGAGAAAUUUUGUACCAUUUGACGGUUACACUCACAAUCCCAUCCAUUAUCCAGCUACCUCAGGGAACUGUGGGGCAACAAUAUCACGCGGUAGAGAUGAAAAGAAUCCCACAGUUGAGCCUGAGACUCAUCCCAGGGUGGAUUUAGUGCAGAAUUUGAGUGCAAAAUCAACCCAUGCAGGAACAAUGAAGAAUCCCACGUAUGAUGACCUCCUUGGGCUCUGCUCCAACUUCACCAAUCGCUAUGCCACAGUGACGAAUUUCCACGAGAAUAGCACCAAGGAAAUUACCCGUGAUGAGGAAAUUCAUAUCAGAGAUGAGAAAAUCCACUCAUCACCCCCAUAUUCGGAAAGAACAUCGAAGGAUGAUCAUGACACGACAAUUCUGGAGUCAAACAUUCUCACGAAGAAGCGCAAAUAUGCCAAUGUUAAGGGAUUCAGCAUAGAAAAUCUAAUAGGGCAGGCUAUCGAUGAGACAUGAAAAUGCACUCUGUAAGAAAUGUGUCCCCCCUCCUUAAAUUCCACCCCCUCUUUUCGAUUUGAAAACUUAAUUUUAAAAAUCAAUUAUACAUCUUCCGGGAAAAUUCCCCUAAGAAGAAACUUUAAGGUCUCCCCCCCAAAAAACUAGAGCUAAAAAAGUGCAAAAAAGAGAGUUUAGGUAUGACUUUAAAGGAGCAUCGUGUCACUCUCUCCUACAAUGAGGAAUUUCUUCCCUUUUGCAUGAGAUACAUAACAAAUGUACAUAGAA